GGAAUUAGAUGAUAGGCUUUGUUCCAAGAUCUCAAAGAAAACUUCUCCUUUUUAGUUCUGGCUUAUAACGCCACAAAACUAAUAUAACUUGGUGAGUAUCUGGCAAAAAAAGCUGUUGCUAUUUCCCAUCAGUACUGAUUCAGUCUUAGUACCUGUGAAUUUAGUCUGAGCAAGGACUGAGAUGGUUUUGAAAUUAAGCCGUGCAUCUCCUGAGCAGAUGUUCGGGUGUUCCGGAUUUAAAACCUGCCCAGGGAAGUGAUGCAGCUCAGACUUAAGUACUGACAUAAACAUGGUAACUGUUAAAGUCUAAAAUCAGGCCCGCUCUUUUCUCACCCUGUAUGCCUACUUAUUUAUGUUUUAGCAUUAAUUUGCUGCUUCUAUCGCACUCUCUCCCUUUUUAUGUAAGGUGAACAAGUUGUAAGUAACACUCCUUCCAUGAGAUCUCAGCUAGCCAGGCUCCCUGUGGUGAUGGAACAGUCAGCAGACGUACCCGAAGCUGAGGGAGAUGGUCAGGUUCAUGUCCUGCACAAGGCUCUGUAAAGGUCUGUCGGCUGAUCUGAAAGCGUAGCUCUUGCUCAACAGUGACCAACACUGCCCUGGCCCACCGGAGUGUGAUUUGAGUCAAUACAUUUGUGUAGGUGGCCCAGUUUGGACUGCAUUCAUCACAGCUCUUCAGUCUCGUUUCAGUGAUGUUUGCAGCUGUGUAAUCCAGGUUUUCAGGAUGAAUCUGGAAAAACUCAGCAAACCAGAACUACUGACACUAUUUAGCAUUCUUGAAGGAGAAUUAGAAGCAAGGGAUCUUGUCAUAGAAGCCUUAAAGGCCCAGCAUAGAGACACGUUCAUUGAAGAGCGCUAUGGGAAGUACAACAUCAGUGAUCCAUUAAUGGCUUUGCAGAGAGAUUUUGAGACCCUGAAAGAGGGGAAUCAUGGUGAAAAGCAACCAGUAUGCUCCAAUCCGUUAUCUAUUUUGAAAGUGGUAAUGAAACAUUGCAAGAACAUGCAGGAAAGAAUGUUAUCCCAACUAGCUGCUGCAGAAAGCAGGCACAGAAAGGUGAUACUGGACCUGGAGGAAGAGAGACAGCGGCACGCCCAGGACACGGCAGAGGGGGAUGAUGUCACCUACAUGCUGGAGAAGGAGCGGGAGCGGCUCACCCAGCAGUUGGAGUUUGAAAAAUCCCAAGUGAAAAAAUUUGAAAAAGAACAGAAGAAGCUGUCAAGCCAGUUGGAGGAGGAAAGGGCACGCCACAAGCAACUGUCUUCCAUGCUUGUAGUGGAGUGCAAGAAAGCCACUGCCAAAGCAGCUGAAGAAGGGCAGAAGACAGCAGAAUUGAGCUUGAAAUUGGAAAAAGAGAAGAGUAAGGUGAGUAAACUGGAAGAGGAGCUGGCAUCCAAGAGGAAGCGGGGUUUACAGAUGGAAGCACAAGUAGAAAAGCAGCUCUCAGAGUUUGACAUUGAAAGAGAACAGCUGAAAGCCAAGCUGAACAGAGAAGAAAACCGUACAAAAGCACUCAAAGAAGAGGUAGAAUGUCUGAAGAAAGCCCUGAAAGAGCUGGAGGCUUCUUGCCAGGAGCACAGUCCUACUGAGCCUUUGCAGCCAAGCCCCUCGGUGAUGUCCAGAGGUGUUGCAACUGACAGUCCCACAGUGAAGUCUGUGUCUUGCCAGACAGAGUGUCUGCAUGCAGACCGAGCAAAUCCUGCCAGCACAAGCAAAGCUGUACACACCACGUUUCCCAGCCCUACUACACCUACUCAUUCCUAUGCAAAAUCCAAUGGUCAUUGUGAUACAGACAUGCAGAUGGGUAGUGAGCUACUGCAGACAAAUGCAGCAGAGAACCAAGUUCAAAAAGAGAAAUCAGCUGGUGCAGCCUCGGAAAAUGCAGUUGAGAAUGGAAGUUCUCCUGUAAGAAUGGAGUCCCCUGUGCAUCUGAUGUCCCAGCUCCCUUCUAGUGGGGUCUCCCUGUCUCCCAGCGGCACAGCUGCCUCCUCUCUAACAUCUUCUCCCUGUUCCUCACCAGUUCUGACUAAACGCUUAGUGGGAGCUUCAGCAAGCAGCCCCGGUUACCAGUCAUCCUACCAGGUGGGGAUCAAUCAACGUUUCCAUGCAGCUCGGCACAAGUUUCAGUCUCAAGCUGAACAGGACCAUCAGUCAAGUGGUCUGCAGAGCCCACCGUCACGGGAUUUGUCUCCUACUCUAGCAGAUAACUCUGCUGCCAAGCAGUUGGCCCGCAAUACAGUCACUCAGGUCCUUUCCAGAUUUACCAGCCAGCAGGGGCCUAUUAAACCUGUCUCCCCUAACAGCUCACCUUUUGGCACGGACUAUCGAAAUCUGGCAAAUGCUGUGAGCCCCAAAAAUGAAUCUGGUCACUCUCCAAGCCCUGGCAAGGUUUCCAGUCCACUAAGCCCGCUGUCUCCUGGAAUUAAGUCACCAACCAUUCCUAGAGCAGAAAGAGGGAACCCUCCACCCAUUCCUCCAAAGAAACCCGGCCUUGCUCAGUCACCUGCUGCUCCUACUCCACUAACCAAAACCUCUUCCCAGGCAUCCUCUCUGGGUGCCCCCAUGGACGUGGCAAGUAGCUGCUCUAACAAUACUGUAGUGUCAAAUGGCAAAGACAUUGAGAUACUCCUGCCAACUAGCAGCUAGUCUCCAGAAAAUGUGAAUGUGACAUUCCAUGGCUUAGCAUCCUAGAGCUAAGACACUGUUUUUCCACUCCAUGUUAUUUAUUUCCAUAGUAGCAGAUUCUGUCUGUAUAAAGCAUUUAGUAUAUUUUUUUCUUUUUUGAAUAGGUAGGAAAAUAUUUUUGUUUAUGAAGAAACCUUAACUACAGCUAUACAGUAGCCUCAAAAUGUCUCAUGGCAACAGUCAAAUCAUUAGAGAUAACAAGAACCAUAAUCAUGUGGUGGGACCUAACUAUCAAACUCUAAUGGGACUGGAAUGCUACUUUUAAAUUAUGCAGAAAUAACUUUUGCAGACUUUUUACUCCAGAUGAACAUUUUAUAAAAAGUGCCUGAACUAAGCCUGCAAUAUGAAUGUGAUUCUCCGAAAAAGGUGAGGAGGGGGACCAUCUAGCUGCAGAGACAAAUUCUUCUGUGAGUCCUGAAUGUUGAAAUCAACACUGUUUUUAAUUCUUUCCAUUUGCUAAAAUAAGUUAGCAAAUGUGCUUACAAAUUCUGUAAGGUGACCACCAGACUGAAGCAGCCAGCCAGACUUUAUCCUUUAGGACAUAGCUCCUAGCUAUUUGAGGAAGCACACAUAAGUUUCUUGGGGUAAAAUUUAGCUAUAAUACAAUCCAGAUUACUUUUCUGUCGGUGUUCAUUGUCCAUGUAGUUCUUUUUGCUUUCCUGUAACACAUUCUGCAGAGAUGCCUGUGUGCUUUAAAUGGCUAAACUCUGGUUUCUGGUGUGUCACCUUGAAUUUUCAAGCUCUUCAAGCAUUCUACUGUUGUGUGUAGAACUUCUGAGAAAAGGAUCUUGCUAUUACUUGACAAAGAUCUCGCUAUUACUUGAAAAAAAAAUCACUAGUCCAUAUGAUACAGGUUUUUUUGCAGCAGUAACAUGGGAUUUUCUACUAUAAACAAAAGCAAUAAUUUUGUUCGUCAUCUCUAUCAGUUGUGUGUCUGGCUGACCUGGAUUUUACCCACUAGUUAGCUAUGGGAUCUUGCUGGCUUUCCUUGGCUGCAAAUACGGAACCAAAUCAUCACUGUCGUGUAAUUGAGUACAUAUGUAUGUGUAAGUACUUUCACAGACAUACAUACUGAAUACACAAUGUAUUAGGAAAGUCUUUAUCUGUUCUUGAUGUUCUGCCUAAUAUGAAGAAAAUGUGGGAAUUCAUUGAAGUUAAAAAACAUCACUUAGUAAGGAAUUGCCUGAGUUUGAGGCAAAUCACGUGUGAAAAAUUAUUUGGGCCCAAGAGGGGAGAAGCAACUGACUUCUGUGCAGAAAUGUUUGCUGUAAGAAGUGUAGUCCUCGCUGCAGUCGUGCUGCGUGUGCUGCCCAUCGUUCAGCAGCACAGCGCGGUUGGUUUUCUGAGUCACUGCGGAGAGAAAUAGAAGACAAACACACCACAGAACAGUGGCAGAGGCUGAGAGCACAACCCUGAGUUAAUUAUCUCAGGUGUUGUGUGUGAACUGAUCCUAAAUUUAGAAACUGGACUUGCUGCUCGGUGUCAGUCAAUGAUCAGCAUUUCCGUCUGCAGCAGUGUCACAUUUACGCAGAGCACAGCUUCCCACUGCCAGAGACGCUUUCUCCUAUGUCAUUUUUCAAUAUUUAAUUAGACAAAAUACAUCCACCUUUAUUGUCGGAAGGAUCCCUGCGGCAGCUGGGAGGAUGCACUACUGUACAUGACCUGAUAGGUUCCUUCUAGCUUUGAGUCUGGUUUUGUAGGACAUCAGAGCUCUUGUGCUGCUUUGAAGUGGCUGUUGUCUGAAGUGACCCGGCUGUUCUCUCCUGCACAGCCAUGGCAGGUAUUUAGACUAGAACAAGAGGUUUUUACAGACCUUUCAGCAGCCUUUUAAAUUGUGGUAUUAUGUGCUAUUGUUCCUAAUCUGGUGGAACAGGCUGUGUACUAACAGUAGGGAGACAGAGACAGCCUAGAGAUAAAUGGGCAGUGACUCCUUUGGAAGCACAUUUAUUACUUUUUUAACUUUUAAGUAUCCACAGCAGAUUUUUUCCUCUUGAUGAGAGUAAUUGUAAAAACUGAUGGGCAGAUGGAUUUUUGGCCCAGGUAUCACUUCCGAUUCAAAAGUGAGGCUUUUGUAUACACUGCUUUAAUGUGUUUCUUUGCUUUUGCAUUAAUCUAAAUGGUAUUAUCCCCUUUCUUUAUCAAUAGCUCUAUAGAGAGAGAUAUACUAUGAUGAAGUCUAUUAGGGAAAUGCACUGAGUACUUGUUUCUUCUAAAAUAUAAUAUGGGAAGGGGGUAUGCAAAAGAAUGUAUUUUUGCUAGUAGCCUAUCUUCUGAGAGAAACUAAGCACAAGAUAUUAAAAUGGAUCCAACUGAUUCAGUAAGACAUUUAGAGUUAGUAUUUAACUGUUGAUGUAGAUUCUGUGUGGAAGCAACUAAGUAUUUCUUCUAUAACUCACAUCUGUUAUAAGCAGACAUUGUUGCAGAGUUUGUCACUGGCUAAUGGAGUAUAAUGAAGUGCAAAAUGUAUACACUAGUAUUAAUUCAUUAACACUUGUAAAUUUGUAAAGCCAAAUGUAUCAAGCUGAAGUCUUUAAUCAUUUUUAUAGCUGAUGGCAUUAAACAUGUUAAACAUUCAUAUUAUCAAUAAAGGAUUUUAUUUUUAA